GAUACGUCAAAAUAGCGUGAGAUUAUGAACAUUAUCAAUACAUUGGGAAAUAGUAAAAAUGAAAUAAAACUGAUAAACCGGCUUCUUCGAUAAUAAAUUUACUAUUGCAACUAAUAAUUCCUUUAACGUUAAAAUGAAUUCCAUUUUACGAAAUAGGGUUAAUGUUCUUAUAAGGGCGUUUUCGACAUCAACAAUAAGACAAUGUGCCGUGCCGCCUAAAAGACCGAAAAAGAAUUUUAUGGCUCCUGUAACGUGGAAAUCUCUCUCUGCAAUAGCAUUGGUAGGGAGUGGCCUCACUGGGUUCAUGAUGUACGUGCGAAAGGAAAAGCAGGAGGCUUUGGAUCGCGAGAGGAAGAGGCAGCUAGGGAAAGCUAAAAUAGGUGGAGAAUUUGAACUUGUGGACUCAGAGGGCAAAGUAGUAAAGAGCAAGGACUUCUUGGGCAAAUGGCUUCUAAUAUAUUUUGGGUUCACACACUGUCCUGAUAUAUGUCCAGACGAGUUGGAGAAAUUAGCUGAAGUUGUGAAUAUGCAUGACAACACACCCUCGGCACCGCCACUGCAGCCUCUCUUCAUAUCAGUAGACCCACAGAGAGACACUCCCGAAAUUGUUGGAAAAUACUGCAAAGAAUUCUCUCCAAGACUGCUGGGACUGACAGGGACGCAUGAUCAAGUGCAGAAAGCGUGUCGGUCAUACCGGGUGUACUUCAGCGCUGGACCAGAAGACGUUGAUAAUGAUUAUAUUGUCGACCACACAAUAAUCAUCUACUUGGUAGACCCAGACGGAGAGUUUGUGGACUAUUAUGGACAGAACAGGAACGCUAAGGAGAUCCAUGACUCCAUGCUGGUCAACAUACAGAAGUACCAGUCUGCGAAGAAGCCCAGCUGGUUUUGAGUGCAUUUCGUUAGUAUUAACCGUGUUAGUUUAGAUAAAACUUAUUUUUGUUUAAGUAAAUGAUUGUUAUUUUGA